AAAACUUCUCCGAUUUCUCGCCGGAAAAUGAAUUCCAACCAAAUACCGAUUCACACCAACCCUGCAGGCCGCCCCAUAAAGCGGCAUCACACGGCCCGUUACUACGUCCACAGGGUCCAUGAAAGUCUCUCCACUAGGCUCUCCAAGCUCGUGUGUUCAAUAUUUCUAACCCUUCUUUUAAUUAUGGGCAUUAUAACAUUCAUCUUAUGGCUAAGUUUAAGGCCACACCGUCCCCGAAUUCAUCUCCGUGAAUUUUCAAUCCCAGCUUUGGCCCAACAAAACGGGUUUGAAAAUGCCCAAUUAAUCUUUAAUGUCACAGCCCGAAAUGCAAACCAGAAUAUUGGUAUUUAUUAUGAUGCUAUGCAGAUAACUGUGUAUUAUGAGGAUCGAAGUAUUGGAAGUACCUCACUGUUACAUCCAUUUUUUCAAGAGCCAAAAAAUACUACGGUGCUUUUUGGUACAUUGAGUGGGGCAACAUUGACGGUGACUAGCGAACGCUGGUCGGCAUUGUUGGCAGAUCGAUCGAGGGGGACGGUGAUUUUUCGCCUGGAAGUGACGGCAUCCAUCAGAUUUAAGGUGUCAACAUGGAGCAGUAAGCACCAUAAGUUGCAUGCUAAAUGUCCGGUUGGUGUAGGCCCGGAUGGCUUGAUCUUGGCAAGUUAUAAAGAUAAGAGAUGCCCAGUCUAUUUCACCUGAUGUGCAUCCAUCAUAGGUGUUUUCAAGUGUCUAAUAUUUUCGUUAUGUUUCAUUUGCCUUUAAUUUUAGGUUUUUUUUUUUCGG